GCACUACCCAGCAUGGCUGAUUCAUGGCUGCAGCCUGCUUACCGAGCCUUAUCGGACGAAUCUCCAGCGGGGGGACGAACACAAGACGCCGGCGUAGAGGAGAUUGUUCACGCGACACAACAACCCCCAUCAACAUGCCUUGCCCCCUCGAGGCCGACAACGCCUUUGGACCGGCCGUGGGCGGAGGCUGUCGCGAUGACUUCGACUUCACCCUCUUGUUUGAGCAGUCCUUCUUCCAGUUGGCCCCGUGUGCCCUCCUGCUCCUCCUCGUCCCCAUUCGCGCCUCUCAGCUCCGCAAGCAGGGCGUGAAAGUGCUUCGGAAUGGCCUGCAAAGCGUCAAGCAGCUGGCCAUCUUGCUCCUCGCCUGCACCCAGCUGGCGCUGCUCGUCUUAUGGGCUCUAACGCCCAUGUAUCGCACUAAAGCCUCCAUCCCUGCUGCUGUGCUCUCCUUCUUGGCCUCUCUGGCUUUACUGUACCUGUCAGCUUUAGAGCACACUCGCACCGUCCGCCCGAGCUCUCUCAUCAACUUCUACGUCCUCUUCUCGCUGCUGUUCGACAUUCCUCAGACGAGAACACUAUGGCUCCGUCGUGGCCCUCGAGCAUUGCCUGCAUUGUUCACUGCCGGCGUCGCCGCAAAGGCUGUGGUCCUGUGUCUGGAGGCAAAGACCAAGAGGCGGGCUCUAUUCCCCGCAUACAAGCUGUACCCACCGGAAGCGCUCGUGAGCCUUUAUGACCGCACUUCCAUGUGGUGGCUGAACCCCAUGUUCUGGUCGGGAUACAAGGGAAUCCUUUCCAUCGAUAAGCUCUAUCCCAUCGAUACGGAUCUGCACUCUGAGAAUGUUGAGUCGUCUUUCCAGCAAAGGCGCGCUAAACAAACGAAAACCCGCAAGUGGUCCGUAUCCUGGGCCGUGUUCCAUAGCAUCAGGAUGACAUUCCUCGCCAUGGUCGCCCCGAGACUUUGUCUCAGCGCCUUCAAGCUCUGCCAACCUUUGCUCAUCAACCGCCUAACCUCGCUCCUGAGCGAGGGCGUACACGGUCAGAAUGUCAACUAUGGUCGCGGCUUGAUCGGAGCUGCAGCCUUGGUCUACAUUGGACUUGCCAUCACCACCGCUCUUUAUCAACGUGCAAUGGAUCGAAUGGUUACGAAGAUCAGGGGCAUCAUCGUAUCGACAGUCCACAGCAAGUCGCUGACAUUGAGUUCUGCUCAAUUAGCAGACAACACUGCCCUGACUCUCAUCAGCGCGGACGUCAACAGAAUCUGCAUGUCCUUGAAGCAGAUUGAUGUGCUCAUUGCCACGCCAAUAGAGAUUACGGUCGCCAUGUACUUGCUCGAGCGCCAGAUUGGCGUUGCCUGCGUAGCACCUGUGGCUAUCACCGUUGCCACCGCAAUCCUCAACUUCUUCAACGUCAACAAUGCCAUACCCAUGCAGAAAGGGUGGCUCAAGGCUGUUUCUGACCGGGUUGCAUUUACCUCUUCCGUUCUAGGGUUCCCCAAAAGCUUCAAGAUGCUUGGGCUGACGGCCUACUUCACCGAUCGCAUCCAGAGCAUGCGCGUUACCGAGCUUGCGAAGUAUGCCCAGUAUCGAAAAUACAUUACUUUUCGCAAUCUGUUGGGCGAAUUGCCGGACGUCUUCGCUCCGCCAUUGACACUCAUGAUGUUCACUUUGCUGAAGGGCGGACGAGCCUUGAACCCAACGAUCGCCUUCACCACACUUGCACUUGUGUCGCUUCUUGCGACACCGAUUGAACAGCUCAUUCAUGGAGUUCCACAGCUGCUGACCGCCCUCGCAAGUCUUGAAAGAGUGGAAAGUUUCCUUCUUCUCGACGAAAGCAGCUGCAGUCGUCUUCUGGAGCCUACCAUUCGCCAUGAACCGACAGCUUUUGGCAGCGAUACUGGAGGCGAAGCUAUUGAGCUCAGCGUCCUUGCCCCGACCAAAGCCCCGUCGCACGAUUCCCAAUAUGUGGUACGAAUUGAACGUGGCGCAGCCAUACUGGGCGCAGAAGGCAAGCACGUGCUCAAGGACAUAGAUUUGCGACUCAUACCCGGCGAAUGUCACAUGGUCAUCGGCCCUGUCGGCAGUGGCAAGUCUACCCUCCUGGCAACCAUUAUCGGAGACAUUGCCCUGUCCAGUGGCCGUCGUGAGGUCCUCGCGGGGAUCCAGAGCUUUGCUUUCUGCUCUCAAGAUCCGUGGCUGCCCAAUGACACUGUCCAAAACUUGAUCGUCGGACAAUCAGAUCUCGACCAAGACUGGUACAACACCGUCACCUCAGCCUGCGCCUUGCGGACAGACAUCCGUGCGUUCCCCAACGGAGACAACACGCUCGUCGGCACCAAAGGCGUUUCCCUCAGUGGCGGACAACGCCAGCGCAUCGCUAUUGCCAGGGCAUUGUACGCUCGAAAGCAGGUCCUGGUUGCGGAUGACGUACUCUCCGGCUUGGACGCAGGUACUUCGCGGCAAGUUUUUACCCAGGUUUUCGGGGCCCGUGGGCUGUGCAAAUCGCAAGGGAUGACUGUCGUGCUGGCAACGCAUGCUCAGAAGUACCUACCAGAGGCCGAUUACAUUGUUGCCCUUGGCGAAGAAGGCAACAUCGUCGAACAGGGAACGUGGAGGAGCUUGAAUGCCACUCGCGGUUAUGUCCACAAACUCAGUGUCAAGGGAACUCUAUCCGAAAGUGACGAGGAGUCCGAUGAGCCUCCUACUACAAUGACGACUCUUCCGACAGCGCCGGCGAAAGUGCCAAUCACACAAGCAGACCUUGCCCGGAAGACCGGCGACGUGAGUGUGUACAGAUACUACUUACGAUCUAUUGGCCCCACACUGGGAUCGACGGUAGGAAUCUGCGCCGUGCUGUUUGCCUUUGCAACCCGAUUUCCUGGCAUUUGGGUCAAAUUCUGGAGCGAAGCGGAAGUCUCGAGUCGUCAUCCACAGCCUCUUGGUUUCUGGCUUGGGGUUGCUUUCUCGCUCGCCGGCCUCGCGAUGGCUUCCAGCGGCCUGCAGAUGUGGGCAAUGCUAGUGUGGUCUGUUCCCAGGAGUAGCGCACGGCUCCACAAGCAGCUCCUUGACGCGGUCAUGCACGCCAAGUAUUCCUUCUUCGUCAACACGGACGCCGGCGUCACCUUGAACCGAUUCUCCAACGACAUGGCUCUUAUUGAAGGGGAGCUUGUCGGGGCGGUGUUGAUGUUCGUGCCUGCCUUUUGCAUGCUUCUUGCAAGCGGAGCAAUCAUUGUAUCUGGCGCUCAGUACGCUGCGGCAACAAUGCCGUUCAUUCUCCUCGCGCUAUACGGCAUCCAACGAGUGUAUCUUCGUACUUCUCGGCAAUUACGAUUCCUUGAGCUGGAAGCACAGGCACCACUACUCACACAUUGCUCCGAGACGCUCGCCGGAGUCGUGACGAUCCGAGCAUUUGGCUGGCAACAUCAAUCGCAUCAGCGAUGCCUGAGUCUGCUGGACAAGUCGCAACGCGCCUACUACUUGAUGCUCUGCAUUCAGCGAUGGCUGACCCUGAUAUUGAAUUUCAUCACGGCUGCCGUCGCGAUCAUUGUGGUCUCCAUGGCCAUGACGCUACCAUCAACAUCCAGCGCCGGGUCCAUUGGUGUCGCAUUGUUGUCUGUUCUGAGCUUUACCUUCUACAUGAGCUUCACUGUCAAAGCCUGGACGGCCCUGGAGACGUCGUUGGGCGCGGUGGCGAGAUGCAAGAAUUUUGAAGCUACUACCGAGUCGGAAGACCGGGCGGAAGAAUGCCACGUCCCUGACUCGACAUGGCCUGCCAAUGGCGAUGUUGUCAUCAAGAAUCUCAACGCAUCUUACAACGAGGAUAACCAGCAGGUGCUGAAAGACAUCUCAUUGUCGAUCAAAGCGGGCGAGAAAGUCGGCAUCUGCGGUCGCUCGGGAAGCGGCAAGAGUAGUCUGCUCCUGACCCUCUUCCGCCUGCUGGAUUACUCCUCCGGCAGCAUUGCGGUCGAUGGUCUGGACCUAUCCACCGUCCCUCGCCAAACAAUCCGACAAUCAUUCGCAGCUCUGCCACAAGAAGCGCUAGUAUUCCCCGGCACGCUCCACGCCAACCUCGAUCCCUUGGGAAAGACAGACAUCGCAGAAGCCGAGCUCGCACUGCAGAAAGUCGGCCUCUUCGACCUCGUCAGCCAACGCGGCGGGCUAGACGUCGAAAUGGCGUCUCUCGGAUUGUCACAAGGGCAGCUGCAGCUCUUCGCCGUGGCGCGGGCACUGGUGCGGAAGUCGAAGCUGCUCGUCGUGGAUGAAAUGACGAGCUCGGUGGACGCGGUGACGGAGGAGAAGAUGACGCGGCUGAUUCGCGAGGAGUUUCGUGAGAGCACUGUUAUUGCUGUUGCGCAUCGACUGACGACAAUUGUGGAGUUUGAUAAGAUUGUAGUUAUGGAUGCUGGGAGGGUGGUGGAGAGUGGAUCGCCGCGGGAGCUUUUGGGUAGGCAGGGUGGUGCUUUCAAGGCGAUGUGGGAGAAGGGUGAACAGCAGUGAAUUUGGAGGCAAUGUUUUCAUGUGUCUUGGGGGAGGUUAUGUAGCCUUGAUUGGCUUCGUUAGGAGCUCCGUAUAUCCUCGCCAUUCGAGCUGCUUACUCCAA